AUGUCCACUCCCAUUCGCACAACGGUCCUGAUCUCAGGCAACGGCUCCAACCUCCAAGCCGUGAUUGACAAAGUAGCCGCGCGGCAACUGAACGCCAACAUCGUGCGCGUGCUCUCAAACCGCAAAGACGCCUAUGGUCUCGAGCGCGCCCGCAAAGCCAACAUUCCCACUCAAUACCACAACCUUGUCAAAUACAAGAAGCAGCAUCCCGCGACGCCCGAGGGUGUCCAGGCCGCGCGCGAGGAGUACGAUGCCGAGCUUGCGCGACUGAUUCUGGUCGACAAGCCCGAGCUCGUUGUUUGUCUUGGAUUUAUGCAUGUGCUUUCCCCACGGUUCCUGGAGCCGUUGCAGGCGGCCGGUGUUCGCAUUAUCAACUUGCAUCCGGCGUUGCCGGGGGCGUUUAAUGGUGUGGCUGCGAUUGAGCGGGCUCAUGCCGCGUGGAUGGAAGGCAAAAUUGAUAAGACGGGUGUAAUGAUUCAUGAUGUGAUUUCGGAGGUGGAUAUGGGUAAGCCCAUUCUAGUGCGGGAGAUUCCUUUCCAAAAGGGACAAGAUGAAGACCUCGCGGCGUUUGAGAAGCGAGUGCAUGAAAUGGAAUGGGGCACCGUCAUUGAGGGAGUGGAUAUGGUGCUCAAGGAGCUGGCUGCGAAGAAGCAAUGA